CCCGCGGCCACGGCGGCGGCGGCGGGGGCACGAGCUAGCGCCGCGGCGCGCCGAGCCAGAACGGCCCGGGCCGGGGUGGCGGCGGCAGCGGCUUCCCGAGCGCCGCUAGCACCAUGGCCGCGCAGGGCGAGCCCGGCUACCUGGCGGGGCAGUCGGACCCAGGCUCCAACAGCGAGCGCAGCACCGACUCGCCGGUGGCCGGCUCCGAGGACGAUCUGGUGGCCGCGGCGCCCCUGCACAGUCCCGAGUGGAGCGAGGAGCGCUUCCGUGUGGACAGGAAGAAACUCGAGGCCAUGCUCCAAGCUGCAGCUGAAGGAAAAGGCAGAAGUGGGGAAGACUUUUUUCAAAAGAUCAUGGAAGAGACAAACACACAGAUUGCAUGGCCGUCCAAACUGAAGAUCGGAGCCAAAUCCAAGAAAGAUCCCCACAUCAAGGUUUCUGGGAAGAAGGAUGAUGUAAAAGAAGCCAAAGAAAUGAUCAUGUCUGUUUUAGACACAAAAAGCAACCGUGUCACGUUGAAGAUGGAUGUCUCACACACAGAGCACUCCCAUGUCAUCGGCAAGGGCGGCAACAACAUUAAAAAGGUGAUGGAGGAGACGGGCUGUCACAUCCACUUUCCUGAUUCCAACAGGAACAACCAGGCAGAAAAAAGCAACCAGGUGUCAAUAGCAGGACAGCCAGCAGGAGUAGAAUCUGCCCGAUCGAGGAUUCGGGAGCUGCUUCCUUUGGUGCUGAUGUUUGAGUUACCGAUUGCUGGGAUUCUCCAACCAGUCCCGGAUCCUAACGCCCCCUCCAUCCAGCGCAUCUCACAGACGUACAGCAUUUCCGUGUCGUUUAAACAGAGGUCUCGAAUGUAUGGUGCUACUGUCAUAGUACGAGGGUCUCAGAAUAACACUAAUGCUGUGAAGGAAGGAACAGCCAUGCUAUUGGAACACCUUGCGGGAAGCUUGGCAUCUGCCAUCCCCGUGAGCACACAACUGGACAUUGCAGCCCAGCAUCACCUCUUCAUGAUGGGCCGCAAUGGGAGCAACGUCAAACAUAUCAUGCAGAGGACAGGGGCACAGAUCCACUUUCCUGACCCCGGAAAUCCACAGAAGAAAUCCACCGUCUACCUCCAGGGCACCAUCGAGUCUGUCUGCCUGGCAAGGCAGUAUCUCAUGGGGUGUCUUCCUCUUGUGCUGAUGUUUGAUAUGAAGGAAGAAAUUGAAGUGGACCCACAGUUCAUUGCUCAGCUGAUGGAGCAGCUAGAUGUCUUUAUCAGUAUUAAACCAAAGCCCAAACAGCCAAGCAAGUCUGUGAUUGUGAAAAGUGUUGAGCGAAAUGCCUUAAAUAUGUAUGAAGCAAGGAAAUGUCUCCUCGGACUUGAAAGCAGUGGGGUUUCCAUAGCAACCAGUCUAUCCCCAGCAUCGUGCCCUGCUGGCCUGGCAUGUCCCAGCCUGGAUAUCUUAGCUUCGGCAGGCCUUGGACUCACUGGACUAGGUCUUUUGGGGCCCACCACCUUGUCACUCAACACUUCAACCACCCCAAACUCACUCCUGAAUGCUUUGAAUAGUUCAGUCAGUCCUUUGCAAAGUUCAAGUUCUGGUACCCCGAGCCCUACACUGUGGGCACCCUCAAUCGCUAACACUGCAAGUGCUACAGGUUUCUCUGCUAUACCACACCUUAUGAUUCCAUCUACUGCUCAGGCCACAUUAACCAACAUCUUGUUGUCUGGAGUGCCCACCUAUGGGCACACAGCCCCAUCUCCCCCACCUGGCUUGACUCCUGUUGAUGUUCAUGUCAACAGCAUGCAGACAGAAGGCAAGAACAUCUCUGCUUCCUUGAAUGGACAUGUGCAGCCUCCAAACAUGAAAUACAGCACACUGUCCACUUCAUCGCUUGGAGAAAAAGUGCUGAGUGCCAAUCAUAGUGACCCAGCCAUGCAGACAACUGGGCCUGAACAGGCUUCUCCCAAGUCAAACUCUGUGGAAGGCUGCAACGAUGCCUUUGUUGAAGUGGGUAUGCCCCGAAGUCCUUCACAUUCUGGGAACGCUGGUGACUUGAAGCAGAUGCUGGGUCCCACCAAGGUCUCCUGUGCCAAGAGGCAGACGGUUGCACUACUACAAGGCACGAAGAACUCACACCUACACAGCACUGACAGAUUGCUCUCAGACCCUGAACUGAGUGCCACGGAAAGUCCUCUUACUGACAAGAAGGCUCCAGGGAGCGAGCGUGCAGCUGAGAGGGCAGCUGCCCAGCAGAACUCAGAAAGGGCCCGCCUGGCCUCCUCGCAGCCACCAUAUGCCCACAUGCAGGCAUUUGACUAUGAGCAGAAGAAACUAUUAGCCACCAAAGCGAUGUUAAAGAAGCCAGUGGUGACCGAGGUCAGAACACCUACAAAUACCUGGAGUGGCCUGGGGUUCUCCAAGUCCAUGCCUGCCGAAACCAUCAAGGAGCUGAGAAGAGCCAACCACGUGUCCUAUAAGCCCACGAUGACGACUGCGUAUGAGGGCUCCUCGUUGUCCCUCUCAAGGUCCAGCAGUCGUGAGCAUCUGGCAAGUGGAAGCGAAUCAGACAAUUGGAGAGACCGAAACGGAAUAGGACCCAUGGGUCACAGUGAAUUCACAGCGCCAAUUGGCAGCCCCAAGCGCAAACAGAACAAAUCAAGAGAGCAUUAUCUGAGCAGCAGCAACUACAUGGACUGCAUUUCCUCGCUGACAGGGAGCAAUGGCUGCAACCUAAACAGCUGCUUCAGAGGUUCCGACCUUCCUGAACUUUUCAGCAAGCUGGGCCUGGGCAAAUACACAGAUGUCUUCCAGCAGCAAGAGAUCGAUCUUCAGACGUUCCUCACCCUCACGGACCAGGAUCUGAAGGAGCUGGGGAUUACAACCUUUGGUGCCAGAAGGAAAAUGCUGCUGGCAAUUUCAGAGCUAAGUAAAAACCGAAGAAAACUGUUUGAAUCGUCAACCGCAUGUACCUCCUUCCUAGAAGGCGGAGCCAGUGGGAGACUGCCUCGCCAGUAUCACUCAGACAUUUCCAGCGUCAGUGGCCGUUGGUAGCAGUACCUUCUGGAUACAAAAUCACCUGCUAAUCUGAAGAGAUGGACAUGAUCUAUGGACAGUCUUCACUGCACCCGUCCGUCCUUGACACUCUGGGUAUCUGGUAUCGGGACCAAAGCGUUGAAUUCGCACCUGUACUUCAUGGCAAAAGAGGAAGACAAGAUGUGUUGCAUGUUCUCAUGUUGCCAUAAAAGCACCAAAAGGGGAAAUCCUUUUUAAACUGGCAAUUGGACAGAAUUUGCAAUAGAGGUUAGGGCUUUGUUUCUUCCUAUUUACCUAUAUUACAUAUGCACUGAUUUAUUUUUUUUUUUAACCUAAAAUGAAGGAGAAUUUGACAUCUGGGGUGCCAGAAAACUUAGAAGUUACUUUGUUUGCUUGGACUGUCUUGGUGUUUGGGGCUUUGGGAAAAACAUAAUCAAAGUAUAAUUUUCUGCUUUAAAAUAAUGACUGAGGUCUUCCAGCACUUUACAUGGUGUAGUUGCUCAUCCUGUGGAAUCUGCCUCUCACCUUCAUGUUUUUGGUAUUGGUACACAUUUUUCUGUCUUCAUCAAAUGUUUAUUUGAAAUGGUACUGGAUAUUAAUUAGUUCCUGUGCAGAAUUCUCUGUGCUCUUAGGAAAUGUGAGCUCUACUUGGCUCUGGACCAAAUUCUGUUCAUUUGCGUCAGCAUCUUAGGAACCCUUUGGCCAUGACUGCAGUUCAUUGGCCAGGUACAAAAGACAGACCAAAUGGACUUUGCAGUACUAACUCUUUGCAGUUGCCCUGGUUAGCUGCUGUCUGUACUGCUAAGAUGAUCUUAAUGGCUGUCAAAAGGCCAAGGGGCUGGUCUUUUAGUAUACUGCCACUAAAGGACAUUUAUUUAUAUCAAACUUCUAUUUUUAGAUAUUGUAAGCAUACAGUAGAUAACUGAUGAAAUUGAUAUUUUCUAGAGAUUUAUGGUAGAGAUUGAGCUGCACUCAAUAACUGGAGCCCUAGGUUGUCACUUUAUUUAAAAAGACAAGUAACCAUUUGACGAGACAGCCCUGCUGCCAUCAUGAAGAGGCCCCUCCCUACCUGGUAGCUCCACCCCCUGUGGGUCCUGGGACUUUCUUCAGAGUGCCUUUGAGUCCACUUGAAGUCAACUCGGAUCAGUUGGGAACGGAGAAAGGCUUCAGGGUGGCAGCUCAUCCGAGAGCUCAGUUCUGAACUCGGAGAAGGUUUUCUAAGUGGCCAGAUUUAUCAUUGCAACCUUAUACUGUGAAAGUCCAGGUGACCAGACGACAAUAUUUUCUGUCUUUGUAGACAUGAAGGUUUUCAGUACAAUGAAGAAAACCACUCUAGUGCCUUUCUCUCUUCAGAGCAAUAUCCUUACCAAGUGUAUACAGUUUUUUGAAAACUUUCCCCCUAGGGUAUGUUGUCAGGUACCUUUAGUGCUGUGUUUGUGUUUAAUAUGUUAAGGUUUUCUGUGUGACAUAAGCCACUCCCACCUGCUUUUGGUAAAGGAGUUGGAGAAGUGUGCACACACGAGCAUCUAUACAAAUAUAAGGUUAGGAAAUGCUUGCCUAAUGUUGUUCCAAGGCUUAUUCUGAUUACUAAAGAAUUGAAGGAAUCUUUACACAGAGAGAAGUUUUCACUUGGAAAACUUGGGCUGUCUAGAAGCAUGGCGGCGAUCUUGCCACAGCAGUAAUAUCUACCUGACACUAAUCUCAGCCUUAACCACUUAAGGGUACAGAAUUGAAUCACUCUCUGUGGCCAUCCUGUGCCCAUGGGCUCAGAUGUUCAUCUAAGGCUUGUCACAUAUCCAGUUCACCACCUUGGCAGACUACUUAGCUCUCUAAUUUUUGUUAUUUCUUUAAUUAGUAAAGAAACCUAAUCAUUGGAGCUCAAUGUGGAUUCUGCCAUGCAUUGGGUAAGGGAAGAAGAGGGAGCAAACAUUCAGUAUUAAUCUGGUUUAGGCUGUAUACAUAGUGCUUUGAUUUUAUACCAAAGGGAAACUGUCCACUUCAACUUGAUUAAAUAGGGAGGCUAAAAAAUAAUUAAAAACACUGGAAGGUUUUUCUCCCUUUCUCUUGAUGUAGUGAAGAGCAUACAAACUUGCCAGUGUUCUACCGUGCACAAAAUAUUUGGGUUAUUCGACGUAAUGGUAACUUUUAGCCAACCUGGCCUUACUCACAACUGAUAAUCUGUAAAUAUGGAGGAGACACAGAUGGUAUUUUGUGGGGAAUUUUUGUCUUUUUAUCACUUAAAAAAAAGUGAGAUAUGGGAUUAACAUUGAGAGUGGGGACUUGUUUCUAAACCAAUCUUUAUAUGAGAAAUAAAUUUAUAUAAUCCCUUUGUA